UUCAUGAUCAUUUGCAUGUAAUUUAUUCUUACUAUGCAGAUUAGGAUACUUGUUUAAUGACAAUGUGAUGACAUUAGAAACUGAGGAGUAUCUAAAAGAGCUGGAACAAAUUGCAAGCUGUGAUUUAGAGAAAUGUGACAUAACGUUGAUAGAAAGUCUAAAAAGCAUGUGGGAAACAGACACAGCUGAAACAUUAGCAAAUCAGGACAACCAAAAAGUUAUCUUGAAGCUGUUUCUUCAAGAUAUGAAAGAAGAGGUUGGACCAUUGCGAUUUGAGUGUAUGUCUUCAUGGACUGGUCUAACAACAAAACAGAAGUUGUUCGAAUUUUUUGGAUUUCCAGUGAAAUUUCAAAAGCUUAUUGUAAAUUCUUUAUUGGUGGAUAAUCAAAGGACGUUAAAGUUUUAUGGCAUACCAAAACAUACUAAUAAAUUAACAGUAUUUCUCAUUAAAAAGGGGGUUCGUGAUUUAAAUUUAAUUAAUGGUGUUGUUGCUGGGACAGUAGACAUAUUGGGUGCAACUAAUGCUGUGGCAGGGUUGAUGAAUCCACUAGCACCAACCUGUUCAAAAUUUCUCCCACUCGCUGAACCUGAUACUUCUUCAGGCUCUGAAUACCAAAGUUUAGACCAUGAAUAAAUAUAUUUGCAAUGUUUUUUUAUUAAUUUACUUUAUAUUUUUUUGUAGAUGUCAGUCUUGUCACCUGUAUAAUGUUUUUUUUUGUACUGACUAGUGUUUUUAUUACAAAUUUUUGUUGUAUUUGGGGUUUUAAAACAGAUCUAGAUUUUGCAACAGUAAAAGUGGUUUAAAUUUUACUGUUAUUGAUCAGUAUUGUAUAUCUAGGUAAAAGUAAUACUGUAGUGUAGAAACAUUAUCCUUGUGGUACCUGUGUAUGCCAUCACCAUUCUAAAAAUAACCUAUGUAUGAAACUUUAUUCCACAGCGUCACUUACAUUGUGAGUAAAUUAACUUUACUUCCUUGUUCCUGUUGUUGUUUAAUCAUGUAUAACCAACAAUUAAAUCAGGAGACCUUAAUGUAAUUGCCAUACCACCUUUAAUAUACCAAUAAUACUUUG